GCCCAGGAAGACAGCCGAAGCAACACACAAAAAAAAGAAAAGAAAAAAAAAGUUACAGAAAAGUCGGAAAUAAAGUUUAAUAUAUCUAUAUUUUUAACGACAAUAAUACUCGUGUUGGAUAUGGAGAGCUAACGAGGGGAAGAAUUUGCUUUGAAAACAACAACAACAAAGUCACGUUUCGUUCCGAAAACUGAUUUAUAAACACAAAUACAUUAUUUUUCCUCCGUUUCGCUUUUUUUUCUUGUCUUUUCCGACGUGAACUGCCUGACAGACAGAGAUGACGCCUGAUCUCCUGAACUUCAAGAAAGGCUGGAUGUCAAAGCUGGACGAGAAAGGAGAGUGGAAGAGGCACUGGUUUGUUUUGACCGACGCUGGUCUGAGAUACUACAGAGACUCCAGCGCUGAAGAGGUGGAUGAUGUUGAUGGUGUGAUUGAUCUCCUCUCCUGCCUCGAUGUCUCAGAGUUUCAGGUACAGAAGAACUACGGCUUCCAAAUACAGACUGUUGAAGCAGUACACACUCUGUCUGCAAUGACUUCAGGAAUUCGACGAAAUUGGAUUGAGGUUUUGAGAAAAUGUAUUCGACCAACGUCAGUCCCUGAUGUUACCAAGCUCUCUGACGACAAAGAGAACUCCUUCUCCCAGCGGGACCCCCACACAGGAAGGAGGGGCCGGCCGGAGCAGGAAGUGAGGUCAGAGGCCGCCUCCCAGCAGCGCUUCGACUACGUGGAACUGGCGCCCCUGGCCCCGCCCCCGAGCCCCGUGUCACAGAAGGGGGAGGAGCUGGAGAACUUGCACGCUCAGAGAUACGGGGAGAGAACUCUGUGGUUUGAGACGAAUGUCUCCAAGGUAACCGGUAGAGGGGCCGGGCCGCAGUGGCCGGGGGGAGUGGCCUCCAGGAAGGCCAGUGUUCUAGAAGGGGGCGGGGUUCUGGAAGCUCCUCCCACAGCUGAUCCAGAGCAGAGGAGGAGGCUGGAGGCGGAGAUCGAGAAGAGGUGGGAGGAGUUUGAGAAGCUGCCACUCAGGGAGAGCCGGCAGGUUCCCGCGGUAACCAGGAGGGGUCACCGUGGCGACGAGGUGCUGGAGAAAGAGUGUCAGUCUCUCAGGCAGCAGGUGGAGAGAUUGAAGAGGGAGCUGGAGGGUCAGAGGUCAAACAGCACCCCCCCACCACAGGGGUACAUCUCACAGGCUCAGUGUCAGCACAGUCUGUCUACAAUGGAAACAGCUCAUUCUCAAGCCAUGAAGGAAUUUCAGCGCUACCACCAGAGGGAGCUAGAGAGGCUGGGGAAGGAGAGAGAGAGGCUCCUGGCAGAAGAGUCCGCGGCCACGGCAACUGUGAUGCAGGCUCUUGAAAAAGCUCACAGAGAGGAACUGGCCAAAGAGAUAGAGAAGAUCAAGCGACUGACCACUGGAGACAAUUCAGUAGAUCUGCAGUCCCUACGGACACAGCACCAGUCGGAGAUGGGGUCUCUCAGAAGGGAACUGGAGGGGUUGUCAGAGAGAUAUUCCCACAAGUGCAUUGAAUUUAACAGCCUGCUUCAGAGAGGAGAGGAGAGAGAGAAAGAAUCGAGCCAGCAGAGGAGAGCGAUGGAGGAACUGAGGAGAGAGAACGAGGAUCUGCGGACUCGUCUCUCCAAUGAGAUUGGUCGGUUGCAAAACUUCAUCACAGGUCAGGGGUCAGACAAGGGGAGCGGUUCCCAUAGCAACCGGGAACGGAAUUCCUGCGAGCUGGAGGUGUUAUUGAGGGUGAAGGAGAGUGAGGUUCAGUCUCUCCAGAAGGAGAUGUCGUGUCUCAGAGAGGAGGUACAGACCUUGCACAAGGAGAAGCUCUUGUCCUCAGAGCGGUACCACGAGGUUUACGCUGAGCUGAGCAGCAUGAAGGCGCGGAGCGAGAGGGAGAUCAGCCAGCUGAGAGAACACCUGAGACUAACGCUGGCAGCCCUGAGAGAGGAGGGGGGAGUGCGGAACAACCUGGGGGACUGACAGAGGAGGGGGGGUCCUGCUAACACUUUGCAGACGGUCCCUGGGCAGUCCCAGCCUGACUGAGCUGCAGAGGGGG